AUGGCAUCAUUUUCUGCUGAUAAUCGUGAUAUUGUUUGUUAUUUGGUGACAAAACAUUCAUGGAAAGGAAAAUACAAAAGGAUAUUUUCAAUCGGUACGUUAGCUGUCACAACUUAUAAUCCGUCUACACUUGAAAUAACAAAUCAGUGGUUGUACGAAGAUUUCCUCACAAUCAAAUCAGUAUCACGUUCGCUUCAAGGUCAGGAUGAAUUCGUCAUCCAGAUUCGUUCCAAGCGAAAAAGUGAUACGAUGCGGUUCUCAUCGGAAUAUACACAAGAAAUUUUAUCAGAAGCUCUUAUGCAUAUGCCUAAAUUUUCCGAUGCUCAACCUGAAAUACUGGAUUUUACUGGCUACAAACAUGAUUGGUCAGAUCGCCGUAUACCGGUUCUACUCCGAAUAAAGACUCAUUCAUUGGAGAGACUAAAUAAUAACGAUGAAGUAAUUGCAUCAUACGCAUACCGGCGUAUGAAAUCCAUCGUUAUAAUGCAAGGAUAUCAAAAUGGAUUCGUUGUGGAAAUGGAUGAACAACGCCGUCGACAUUUAUUUGUAUGCGAACAAUUUGAUGAUCUAAUCUCUAUGAUGCGACAAAUGGCGACAAACUAUUUGGGGAUUUCAAUACCGAUGGCGAAAGAAGGAAUCACUCUGGAACAAUUUAUGCUAACACGUUUGGGUUUGUGUAGCCGUGAUGAACAACUAACUUCAUAUGCUGAGUUCAAAGUUCAAAAGUUUUCACCGCGACAGUAUCCUCCGGUGAAACGAUUACUGUGCUUGAGUAGCACAUGCGUUAUUGAACGGGAUCCAGUGACUUAUGCAGCAAUUUGUGCGAGGCUAUUAAAGACGAUUGUCUUUGUGGUUCGUGAUGAAGAAGAUCCGCAAAGCUUUACCAUUCAGUAUGAUGAAGGUGACAUCCGAUCAUAUACUUCUCCUGAACGGGAUUUAAUCCUAACAUCACUCAUUGAUGGAUCACGGGCUUCUGGAAAUCAGUAUCUAUUUGUUACAUGUAGUAAAUAUGAUCGUGCUUUACGAAUUAUACCAUAUAAAUUCUUAUUGGAUGAAGAUACGGAAUCACAAUGCAUGAGACAUAUUAUUUCAGUGCCACCUGGCCUGAAAAGAUAUGAUUUGAUUCGGCGUUUUAAUGCUAAUAUACCGUACGGUGGACUUACCUAUACAGUCUCACAGGAGGGAUUUUUUACCGAAAAUAAAGCGAAAACAAUUGUCGCUUGUUUGGAAUCUGUACUAAUAGAAAAUUUUGGCAGUGAAAUUAAUAAGUGCGAAGCACAGUUACAAUGUUUACAUCGUUUAUUUGCUUCGAAGAGUGGAUUCCAAGCAUUUACCGCUGUGCCGGGAGUUCGUGAAAAAUUGGGUGAAUUGGUAGUUCGCAUGUUAAAUAUAUCUAACGAAUGCAUCGAUUAUGCAACCGUUGAAAUGCUUUGUUCAUUGAUGCAACCAAUGCAUUCGAAUUAUGAAUUGAAGCUGGAGCAACUUAAUAAGCAAUCUCUACUUGCAAAUUCACAAUUCGUGGAGCAUUUGUUGGAUUUGGUUGUUAAACAUACGGAUCAAAGAACUGGUCCGCUUGUUAUUGCUAGCAUGCUUGAUUUUCUGACAUAUGCUCUCUGUGCCCCAUAUAGUGAAACAACAUUGGGUGCUAUAUUCGAUUUAUUGCUCGAAAUGGUUGCCGAACGUGGAUCAAGCUUUUAUCGGCUUUUUCAGUAUCCAUCAAUGACAAUUAUUAAAGGAGCAGGUAUGGUAAUGCGUGCUAUCAUUGAAGAAUCAACAAUAGAAAUUUCGAAAAGGAUGCAAAUGUUAUCCCUAACGGAAGGAGCAUUUUUGGUGCAUCUUCAUAUGGCUUUACUUAGCGUUGGUCAUGAUCUUCGAGUCCUUGCAAAUAAACAGCUUAGUGGACAUCUGCUUUCACUGUGGAUUGCUGAUAAUAAUGCUGCCGCUGAUUUGCUGUCAAGAUGUUUGCCUCGUGGAUUACUGGAUUAUAUGGAUUCAGUUGAGAAGCCGAAUAUUACGGAAGUAGAUUACCUGUUGACACGAAACAAUUUGGAAAUGGCUAAUGAAGAAUCAAGACAAAAUCAUCUACUAGACCAAAUGCAGCAAAUGCAGCUGCAACUAGAAGCAAAACUUGAUCGAUUGUUGCAGCAUUGGAAUUUGGAGCGUAAAUUUCUGCAAAAGAAAGAUGAUAAAAUGCAGAAACCAGUUAUAUUACGUAAGAGACGACAACGAAUAAAAAGUGGGGUAAAUUGGAAACUGUUUUGUUUCCAGUUUACUAAAGAUCAUUGUAAAGCUGAUUUAAUAUGGAAUGAAACGACACGGGAGGAAUUCCGUCGCUCGAUCGAAGAUGAAAUGAGAAUUUUGGAACAAGAAAAAGAGCUUGUUCCUACGAAUGUUCCAAUCUCAUGGAAUCAUACCGAAUUCCAGGUUCGAUAUCCAUCUUUGGCUGACGAAGUUAAAAUUGGUGAUUAUUAUUUGCGAAUCCUGCUGCAAGAGAACGAUGCCACUGCUACACCGAUACAUGAUGCAGGUGAUUUUUUCAACAGUGUUUAUCACCGAUUUCUGCUUUCGGCAAAAAGUGAAAUGCGUUGUAUUUGCUUGAAAGCAAUGGCUAUAACAUAUGGACGCCAUCAUAUCACCAUUGGACCAUUCAUGGAUUCCAAAUAUAUUGUCAAUAUGUUAUCGAGGUGUUCCAAUCCAGCUGAAAGAGAUCAUCUGGUAUUUCUAAUCAGUAAAUUGGUGCAAAAUAAGGAUAACGUCCGCGAAUUAUUACGUGCUGGUGUAUUACCAUUACUCACUGACAUGGCGGUUCUUGCUCAUCUUCACGUAAGCCGUGCGAAAAUUCACAAUCAGGUUCAGAUAAAUGUAAUCGAAGCUGAUGUUUCGGCCAGGAAUGAUGGCACCGCGGAAUGGUACUAUACCGAUAAAGCAGGUAAACGACAGGGACCAGUAACUUUCAAUGAGAUGAAGAAACUUUACGAACAGAAAGUAAUUUUCGAAAGAACACUAAUAUGGGCACAAGGACUGGACCAAUGGACAGCUCUUUCAGCAGUUUCACAGUUUCGAUGGACCAUGUGCUGUUCAUUGGCGACUAAUUCACUGUACAACUUUACCGAUCUUUGUACACUUAUUCUAGAUAUUUUCAUUCAGAUGUGCACAUUUUUUCCAUCAAGAGAUGAAAAUGAAUAUAUAGUAAGACCAUUACCGCAUGUUAAACGAAAUUUAUCCGAACCAGUGUUGCUUUAUCAAGUUGUUCAAUUGCUUCUCACGUACGAUCCUGCAAUUGUACAACGAGUUGCGUCUUUGCUAUUACAUAUUCUUGAGGAUAAUCCUUUUUUGUCACGGUUAUAUCUUUCUGGUGUCUUUUUCUUCAUUCUCAUGUAUAAUGGUUCAAAUUUACUACCAAUUGCACGAUUUCUUCAUUAUACACAUAUGAAGCAAGCAUUUCGAUCAGCGGUGGCAAGGUCAGAAUUUGUUUCACGCAGUAUUCUGUGUCCAUUACUUCCGGAAGCGGCAAUUUUGUACCUGGAAGAAUACGGUGCUGAAAAGUUUGCCCAAACCUUCCUGGGUGAAUUUGAUAAUCCAGAAAUUAUAUGGAAUAAUGAAAUGAGGAGACAUAUGAUUGAAAAGAUUGCUAUACAUAUCAGUGAUUUUUCGAUUCGGCUCCCAUCAAACAUCAAAGCUUUGUAUCAGUAUUGCCCCAUUCCUUCAAUUGACUAUCCACAACUUGACGGAGAGUUAUUCUGCCAUGUAUAUUAUUUGCGACUACUUUGCAACACUAAUCGUUUUCCAUCCUGGCCAAUACGUGAUCCAGUCACUUUCCUACGCUGUUGUCUGGCAACAUGGUUAGACGAAAUUGAUAAAAAACCACCUGCAAUGUCUUUAGAGCAAGCAUGCUCCGUUCUAUUACUUCCCAAUAAUGAAUCUACAUGGAAAAAUAAAGCAGAGAUUCGACGAGCUUACUUUAAGCUAGCUCAGAAGUAUCAUCCAGAUAAAAAUCCUGAUGGGCGAGAAGUAUUUGAGCAGAUAACAUCAGCCUAUGAACUACUUACAUCAAAUGUGCAUCAUUCCAUUGCGCCAGAUUUACAACGUAUUAUCCUAUGUUUGCAAGCUCAAUCGAUCGUUUACAAGAAUUGUUCUGAGGAGCUUGCACCCUAUAAAUACGCAGGCUAUGGACAGCUAAUUAAAACAAUCGAUUUGGAAUCCAAAGAUGAUGCGUUGUUCGCGGAAGGUGGUGGGCGAUUACUUGGCGCCGCCGUGGAGUUAUGUCGUUACACUCUGAUGAGUUCUUCUUUGAAUGCUGAGCAGUUGAGACGUGAUGCUGGUUUGGAAGCGCUGUUGGCAGCAUUUGAACGAUGCGCCCCGAUGGUUAAUUUGAGUUCAAAGGAGGAUGAUAUGGCGGUGCAGGUUUGUAUCCAUUCGCUUUACUGUUUUGGAACAGCUGCGCAGUUUGAUGCUUGUCGUGAAAAAAUUUCGGAAAUGCCAGUUUUGUUCAGUACCAUAUGUAGGCUGUUACAGUUCAAUCAUGUUAUUCGUCUUGCAUGCGCUGCUGCAGAAUGUAUUUGUGCCCUUGCUGUCUGUACCAUUCUCCAAAUGCAUCUUUUUCAAUCUGGCGUUAUCUGGCAGCUGAUCCCACAUCUUUUUCGAUAUGACUAUACCCUUGAUGAAGGAGGUGUGGAGCAUAAUGAAGAAACAAAUAAGCAAUCAUUGCACAAUAAACUAGCACGAUCUGGUUGCGAAGCAUUGGCAUGUUUAGCUGGCUUCCGACAAGGAACACCUGAUAAUGAUGGCGUACAGAAAAGCCUUAGAGCUAUGCUUACACCAUAUAUAUGUCAACUUAUGCAACAGUCGGGAGAUAAUGAUCGUGUGUUGAAAAUUCUAAACAGUAAUACGGAAGACCCAUAUCUUAUUUGGGAUAAUGGUAUACGGAAUGAAUUACUGGAAUUUGUUGAAUACCAUCGUACUUCGACAUCCAAUACGAGUGAAUUGUUUGGUGGCGAAUUCAAACAUUCGACACAUGAAAAGGAAUUAAUUGUAGGAGAUAUAUUUAUACGGGUUUUCAAUGAACAACCAAAUUUCAUUAUACAGGAACCAAAGAAAUUUUGCAUGGAUUUGUUGGAUUUUUUGCAAGAAAAAGCUGAGCAAUUGUUUGAAGAUGAGAAAGAAAGAAAUGAAAAGAAAGAAGAUGAUACAAUGAUUGAUUGGUGUAUUGAACCUGCUACGAUUACACCUGAUGAGAUUCUACGACAUACUAUAAUGUCGUUGCAGGCAUUUACGAAUUUAAUUAUUGCAAACGCAGGCGUUGAAAUCCUAUUAAUUGGUCAUUAUAAAUUAUUGUUUUCAUUUCUUAAACUUCAAGGGUCUGCGGAAUUACAAGGAAUCGCUUUAAAAGUGAUAUCGUUAAGCUGCGUAAAUCGUGAAUGUGUGGCUGAUAUUGCUGGCUCUUCACAGUUACCUCUGUUGUUUUCCUUAAUCCUACAGAAUCAUAGCUUUAUUCCAACCGUUCUUUCCACGUUGAUCACAUUGGCGUCAAAUACAAAGGUCGUCAAGGAGUCGUUGGAGUAUGGUGGUCUACUGCACAUUUUAAAUGUAUUUUUCAAUGAUCAAUUGGAUCCAGCGACGCGCAUAUUAGCAGCGGAAUUGUUGGCGAAAAUGCAAGCAGAUAAACUGACAGGACCACGUUGGUCACGAUUUAUUGUGCGCUUCUUACCACCCAUCUUUACGGAUGCCUUAAGAGAUUCACCGCAAACAGCGUAA